UGCGUUUAUUAACAAUUACAAAUAUGCAUCGACUUCUUUCUUUUCCAUUACUGCAAAUGAAGUUCUUUGCCGCUGCCCUCACUGUCGUCGUACAACUCACUCUCCUUCUCCAACUUGCCUCGGCAACUCCUCUGUAUAAUCCGCGUCCUCUUGAAGCUAGAGCGGGAAGAGAAUGUCGCCCUGCAAUUGAUGACUGCCCCUCCGGCCAACAUUGCAUCCCGGAAGCCGAGAACUAUGGUCACUGCGGUUAAAUUUUCAUUAUUAUAAGGGAACUUUCGUAAAGUUCUCUUUGUCCAUAACUCCAUUUCAUUCUUUUUCACAUUACAUUUCAAUGAAUAAACCUCGUCAAUAAUUCAAGAGGGGGCUCGAGUCUGGUGGUGAGGAGGAAAACUCCUAGUUUCCAAUAUUUAAUAUUAUUUGUCUAUUAGCGCAUAUCGGCAUACAGCCUAUCCAAUUUGCCGCGUCCACGACCUCGACGACCUCUUCCGCGUCCCCUUCCAAACUUUCUUUUAACUGUCCUAUUGGCAAAUCGGGUUUCUAGCAGUGCUUCCACUUCAUCGUCGCAAGACACGCAUCCUUCAACAGGGGGUUUGCCGGCGUUUUCUCUAAACUCUACUUUGAGUAAAGUAGACCCGCAUUCGCACACGUCAUCCAGUAACGUUACAU